AUGCAUCCAGGAUAUAAAAGUAUAAACAUAAAUGAUAUUCAUGAAAAUUAUCUUACAUCUGAUCAAGAAAAAAACUAUGACAAUAACAUUGAGUUGAUAGUUGAACCAAUUAAUGUUGAAACCAUAUCAGAAGAAACUGUCAUUAAACAAACAGAAGUAUCUAAUGAAAAUAAUCUAAAAAGAUUAGCUUUGGGUGAUAUUGAUAAUACUACUGACAGUGAUGAAGAAAUAAAUGAGAAUGAACAAGAAAUUCGUACUAAAUAUAAUAUUGAUACAGAUUCAUGUACUCAACCAUGUGAUUUUAACAAUUUUUUAGUAUAUGAUAAAGAACCAUGCGUAGUAGCACCAGCAGAGAAAAAUAAAUUAAGUUCAUUAUUAACAGAUAAAACAAUUGAAGCAUUAGCCUUUCCUCAUUUAUUUCCAGAUGGUCAAGGCUCAUAUGACGAAGAUCGUCAAACAAUUCUUAGAUGGAAAGAAUAUUGUAAAGCNUAA